GGAAUCCUUGCCGGGGGCGGGAGGAAGGGGACUAGUUGGAGGCCUGCCCGGCUCUGCCGCUGGAGAGCGUCCGGGAAGCGCCCCCUGGCCCCGCCCCCGCGGGCCCGCCCCCUUUCUGACCUAUAAAAAGCGGGCUCAGACUGCCCUCCGCAGCUCUCCUUCAACGCUCCGAGUUUGGGCCAUCUCUUCCUGGCCACCCGCGCCGCCAUGGAUCUCACUGCCAUCUAUGAGAGCCUCCUGUCGCUGAGCCCUGACUUGUCAUCUGACCACGGAGAAACUGAGUCUUCGGGAAUCUGGAGCCUGAACUCACCUGACUCUGGCCCCUCUGGGGUCACUUCCCGCCUGCCGGGCCGCUCCACCAGCCUGGUGGAGGGCCGUAGCUGUGCCUGGGUACCCCCACCCCCUGGCUUCGCACCCCUGGCUCCCCGCCCUGGCCCCGAACUGUCGCCCUCACCCACCUCGCCGACUGGGACUCCUACCACCUCUUCUCGAUACAAGACUGAGCUCUGUCGGACAUUCUCCGAGAGUGGGCGCUGCCGCUACGGGGCGAAGUGCCAGUUUGCCCAUGGCAGGGGUGAGCUGCGCCAGGCCAGUCGCCACCCCAAGUACAAGACGGAACUCUGCCACAAGUUCUACCUCCAGGGCCGCUGCCCCUAUGGCUCACGCUGUCACUUCAUCCACAACCCCAGUGAGGACCAGGCUGUCUUUGUCCAGUCUCCACAAGUGCUACGUCAGAGCAUCAGCUUCUCCGGCCUGCCCUCAGGCCACCGAACCUCGCCACCGCCACAGGGCCUGAUGGGCCCUUCUCUGUCCUCAUGUUCCUUUUCACCCUCCAGCUCCCCACCACCACCUGCUGUUGAUUUUCUGCUUUCACCCUCUGCCUUCUCUGCUGCCCCCGGGACCCCUGUGGCCCGGAAGGAACCCGCUCCCGGCUGCUGCCCCUCUUGCCGAAGGGCCACUCCAGGCAGCGUCUGGGGGCUGGCUCGAAGCCCCUCUGCACACUCCCUGGGAUCUGAUCCUGAUGAAUACGCCAGCAGCGCCAGCAGCCUGGGGGGAUCCGACUCUCCUGUCUUCGAGACUGGGGUCUUUACGCCCCAGCCCCCUUCAGCCCCAAGGCGGCUCCCCAUCUUCAAUCGCAUCUCUGUUUCUGAGUGACAGGUGCCCACUUACAGCAGAUCAGCCGGGCCUGAAGGGGGAGACAUUUGUGGGGACCUGGGGGGACCCCCAAUCUAAUCAUAUGGCCUUCCCCCCACAUUCCAAAAUGCAUUAACCUACUCCCCUGGUGCCACACUGGGGCAGGCCCCCAGGGUGCAAGCCCUGUCAGUGUUCACGGUGGAGCGUCUUCCGAGCUUCUAAAGAUGUAGCGAGUUUGAGGGGGCUGUGAGCUCUCAACCCUGUCUCCAGGAAUCUUAAGCGCUGUGAAUAGUAGGCCCCUUCCCAGUUUUUCCUAGACCUGAGUUUCCAGUGUCUGGUGAUUGGAGCCUCCCCUGAGGGAGAAUCCUGGUGCUCAAAUUUCCCUCUACAAGCAAGUAGCCAAAGCCAUUGCCAAGUCCCAACCCCCAAACAGUGGGCCCUUUAUUUAUGACGACUUUAUUUAUUCUAAUAAGGUUUUAUAGUAUUUAUAUAUAUUAGGUCGUCUGCUUCCCCUGUAUUCUUCCUUUUUGUAAUAGAAACGAUGGUAUUAUUAUUAUUGUAAGUUACU